UGUCUCCUCUCCAAAAUUGCACGGCUGAAAAUGUGACUGCGACUUUGUUGUCUCUGUUUGUUUAUUCCCCGUCAAGCUGGAGGCUCAAAAUGAUUCCAUUUCGUUAAGGAAUCUCUCUAAAUUCCAGAAGCUUGCCUUGGAGGGCAUUAGACAAAUGAUGGAGCAGUCUCCAGCCCUGGGAUUUUGGGACAAAUCUAGUGAGGACCAUCUCCGAAUUCGGUUUCCUGUUCACCGUGCAUGUCGUGACGGUGACACGGGUGCUUUGUCUGCAUUGCUUGCGCAUGGGGAGUAUGAUCUGUACACGGAAGACCAAUUCUACGGUUGGACUCCGGCACACUGGUCGGCGUAUCACGGCAAGUUGGGAUGUUUGCAGUUGCUGGUCACUGCUGGGGUGAACUUUGAUGUUGCAACCCAACGUUUCCAUCAAACUCCAGCUCAUGUUGCUGCUUUUGGUAAUCAGCCCCAUUGCCUGAUGUGGUUAAUCCGAUCAGGGGCCAGUGUAAACGCACAGGAUUACCUUGGUGAAACACCAACUCACAAAGCAGCCAGGUGUGGGGGCAUAGAAUGCCUCGGGAUACUCAAAGCUAAUGGGGCAAUUUUCAGAACAACUAACAACAAUGGACAUCUGCCAAAGGAUCUUGCCUUAUCCUGUAGCCACGAGCUAUGCGCCCAUUACAUCCAGCAGGUAGAUGGUGUCCCACGCUCCACUAAUGGGUUCUCAUCCGGUCAUCUAGGUAGGAAACGAGGCACAGAGGAUAGUACCAAUGGGGACUUGAAAAAGGCCAGGACGGAAAAUGGUGCAUCUGCGUUUCAAGAAGACCUGAACGGAACAGAGAAUUCUCCAUCUCACAACGGUUUAUCUGUAGAUUGCCCCGCCCCACAUCAUCCCAACUGCAGCAAUGGCACCCAAGACACGCCCACUCCUUCUUGCAUGAACCUACUACCCCGCCCACAAGAAACCACCCCUAGGACAUUACAGGCAAGUGAGAUUGUCUCUUUGCACGAUUUAAGACCGAUGGAGUAUGAGCACGAUCAAAGUUCUAGAAUGGAAACGGAUAUCGGUCAAGAGAACGUUCAGUCAAAUAAGAUUGACCUAUCUGGUCAUCUUAGCGGUGUUGUUAACGGACAAAGAGAGCACUCCGGGAGUGAGCUCGAACACAACGCCACAAUCAAUCAGGAAGUAGACUAUAAUAGACUCUGUGAUUCAAUUUACACCACCGUCAACUACUGCCAUUUCUUUUGAUCCCAAAAUCAACACCCGAUUGUGUUUUUAUUUAUAGCCAGAGGUUCUAAAUAUCUCGUUACCUAGAUACUUGGCUGGCAGUGUGGUUGCUACGGCAACCUGGUUCCCAAGCAACACAUCAUGAAAGAGUUUUAUUCUGUUUGAAAAGGAGAACCUUGGAAUAGUGAAGUUGACGUGCGGAAAGAUUGAUAAAUGACUUGGAAGGAAUUGGUGAAAUUGAGCAAUGAUGGUUGUUUAUUUUUUAUUGAAGGGUUUAGGAGCUUCAUUGGUCUGGGAAUAGUCAGUCCUUAUUGCCAAGAAAGAUGAUUAGACAGUGAAGAGCUGAUAUUCAGUUGUUUUUCCCUUCGUUCUUGACUGAAUAAGUUCACUAUUACUUUCUCGGCCUCGACUUCAAUCUAAAACGAUAUUGAUGAAACUGAUUUUAGAAUAACUUGACGGAAUUAGUGGAAGGUUUCUUUAUGAAUCUCGCAAGAAGUGGUGUUAUUAUUUGCGUCACAAUAUGUUUCUUCAUGAAGUGUGAACUUCGUUUGAGGAAUCAAUCAAAGACGAGUGCUAAUUACAACAUGAGAUGUGGUAACCUUACCCUUUUUUUUUUCUCUCCUGCAAAGUACAUUUCAAUUUUAUGUAUGGUGCUGUUAAACAGAUACUUUGACUUCUACUUUUGAGCCGUUUUUGUUUUAAAAGGUCUAAAAUGUUUUAUGAUUUGUGCGAAUGCUGCAUCAACUUUUGUUGGUUUUUGAAACAAUCAAAUUAGAACCAAAAAAAAAUCAAAUAUUAUCAUGGUUAAAUUAUAAAUUAUGCAUUUUGUUUUUUUUGCUUUUUCUACAUUCACCUUAAAGGCUAUUUUGUUAGUAAGCUGAGCUGCAAUUGUUGAAUAUGUAUUUAAGUUUUGUUUGCUGUGAAUAUUUUGUUUAAAGUACCAUAUGGUACAGUACAUUUGUUUUAUCUCCACAAUUUCUAAGUUAUUAGAUUUAUCUUGAGAAUCCCUGAAAUGUAGUUGAAUGCUGGUAGUUCAUCUUUUUAAGUUUGUGUUUAGAAUCUUCGCACGAAAGUAGUUUGGAAAAAGAGUAUGUAAAUUUUAUUUCUAGAAGAAUAUAUUUAAAAUAGUUUUGAAGUUUUAUUAGAAAUAUUUUUGGUUGCUGUGUCACAUAGCCGAUAAUAGCCAAUAGCCAAUAAGUUGUAGUUCUUAUUAUGCUUUCAGCAUACAUGUACAGAAGCAAUUACAGUUCGAUUCCCCAGCUCUUUUUGAAGAGCUCCCCUCGUUUCGAAGUCAAGUCGACUCUCAUUAGAAAAAAAUAGCCUGGACUGGGCACCUCUUUGUAACAGUAACUUUGUUAUAAUAAUGGAUAGGUUUGCGGUAACACCAUGUAAUGACUACCUCUAAUGAGAACAGUAAAACAAAAAAAACACAAAGCAGAAAUGAGAUUGAGUACUUAAGAUUGUACUCUAUAUAAGCACAACCUAGAACAGUGGAUUUAUAACGGGCUCUUUUUAUAAGCAAGGGUUGACCAUAACUUUUGAGUCAAUCAUACUAUAAAAAGAAACUGGGGUGUUAAAAUAGAUACCAUGGAUGUUGUCACAUCAAGAUACCGCACAGAGAAUCAACAUUAACAUUAUAAAGAUGUUAAAAUAACAAAUUAUAAAGAUGUUAAAAUAACACAAUGUAAGUGUGUUGGUAGAAACAUUGGUGUUAUUUAAAAACCCUUUGGUGUAAAUUCAAAUUUUUUUUCCUGCUAUCUAUAUGUGGCAUUAAGCGAUAUCAAUUUUAACACCCCAGUUUUUGCAGUGUAUGCCUCUGUCUUGACAACUUUUGAUAACAGUUCAAUAUCAAUGCGCACAACACUCGGAGCUCUUAUCACAUUUGAAUAUUCUUCUUUGUACACUGCAUAAUAUUGAAAGUGAAUGGGCAGCUUCACUAAGUGAAAUUUGGUUUUACAAGUAUGAUUUUUGUCUUUAAAAAAGCUUGGUUAAUAAAUUUAUUUGAAAUAGAAGCAUGUGCAUUAAUAUUCAUAGCUUUAUAACUUUUAAGAUGGAUUAGUUGUUUUUAUAUUAAUUUACAAUUUUGCAAAAAGAAAAUCAUUUUGUGUUUCAGUGUUUUGACUGAAAAUAUUUUGCUUUUGUUUAAAAAUGUGCCAUGAGUUCUAGUUUGAAGAACAUCUUGAAGAUGACUGCCAAGAAUAUUGCUUUAAUAGGUGGAAAUUUGCAUCGGUGAUAAAGAAUGAAUAUUCAUUUUGGUUUUACCCAUAUCGCUAUUGACAUAUUUAUAAGUAAACAAAUUUACUUGACAACUUUAUCAUAAAGCUUGCAUGAAAUGCGCUGUGUUAAAAUGGUUGAAUUCAUUCAAUGGGCAAAUAUAAAAAUGCUCUAAAAAAGAAGAAAAUUAUAUCAAAAAGCAACAUGGAGUUGGAAAUGACCUGAAACUGUAUGAUAAAAGUUGAAGAGGUUGAAAGAUGUUUAUCUCUGUGGCUGUACAAGUUAAAACAUUUUGCGCAACUUGAUUGCCAUUUGAGGAAGAGUUGGGUUUGGGUUGGAUUUAUCGGAAUGUGUACAGGUUCUGGAAAGAUGUAAUUUUACCUCAGAUCUUUAGUAACUUUUUUCUUCUCAGUUUCUAGUUGUAAGAUAUAGAUGUUAAAAAGGUUAUAACAAUUAUAUUUUUUAUAUCUCAGAUUUAUUGCAGCUUACAAAAUUCACAAACUUCAGAAUGACUUUAUACGUAUAACUUCUUGUUGAAUAUAUGUGUCAUUUUGAAGAUACUGAACUACUUGUUUACUUGUUUACUACCACCUGUUUACUUGUUGUCCCUAAUCAGUAGCCCAUAUGCACAAGCGCCAUGUUAGAAUUACACAUCAGUACAUCUUGGGAACCACUUUAAAAUGUAUACAAGAUGCCAAGAUUGACACAUGAUGGACUAUUGACCCCUUGCAUACGCGUCACACGCGGUGACCGAUGCCACGCUCACCAUGGUGGUGGGGUUUACGUGUAUUAACGCCGCGUCGCCUAAAAUGAGCACUUCAAUGCAUAACGCACAGCUCAGAGUUAUAUAUAUAUGAAAAUGCACAGUGACAUUGCCCACCAGUGUGGCGCAUUCAAGAUUUUCUGAUGAUGACGUCGGGUGAAAUGGGUCAAUAGUUAACAUGUAACUAUUUCAGAUGCUAUAGACCUAAAGAUCCAAUGUUGAUUGUGCUGGUUGUCAUAGUUAGUGGAAUGUUAGCAAAACAUUUAAUCAUGUUAGCUUUCAAUUAACUAAAAAACCACUUCCAAGAUUCAUUUCUAUGUUUCCAACAAAUUCAACACAUUUUUUGAAUAGUUGUGUAACAUUUUUACCAACCAUGGCCAUCUGGUUUUGAUUUGCAUUCAUGGCUUACCAUAGUUUUCCAACCUGGGUUGGCAAAAACUUAGGCUGUGACAUUGCGAUAAAAAGGUCUAUAGAAACACCAAGCUUCCAAGUUAGUCAGAUGCCAUGCUUUAGUUGUAAUGGCAGGUGCUACAAUAGUUUUGUACUGCAUUGUUUCAAAAUCAGCACGCCUUGAUUGACUGGCUACAGGUGCGUUCGUUAGCUUCCCUGUGUUUACCCUGCGGUGCUCACUCGGGUGAGCCCCUGACAAGAGCUUAACGAACGAUCACUCACCGCUCUCGUAGUGACAUC